ACUAAUUAUGUAAUUUGGGUUCCCUUCCAAUUCCUUUUCUUCUUCUUCUUCUUCUUCUUCUUCUUCUUCUUCUUCUUCUUCUUCUUUAAUUGUUUGAUAGACAGACAGAGUGACAGACGAUUGAAUUUGUCGGCCAUCUUUGGAUUUGUCCCUUCGCCCCUCGACGACGUGGUGGCCGUCUCCAAUUCUUCCUCUUAUUUCUCCUUUCCCCAUAUAAACAAACUUGUACCCAAUUCUCUCUUAUGGCUCUGCAUUCCAAGUGAUUCAACGCAAACCCAAACCCAAAUCUCAACUACCUCUAAUACCAUGGAACAAACACGCGACUCGACCAUUCCGGAGAAGCGGAAGCAGCUGACAGGGCGGCAGGAGAAGCCGUACAGGGGGAUUAGGAUGAGGAAGUGGGGGAAGUGGGUCGCCGAAAUCAGGGAGCCCAACAAGCGGUCUAGGAUUUGGCUUGGUUCUUACACAACCCCCCUCGCCGCCGCUAGAGCCUACGACACCGCCGUCUUCUACCUCAGAGGCCCAUCCGCCCGCCUUAACUUUCCCGACCUCAUCUUACAGGACAUGGACCACCAGCUUCUCGACGUUUCACCUUCUUCAAUUCGCAAAAGAGCUAUUGAGGUGGGUGCCAGAGUGGACGCCGCCGCCAACCGAACUUCUCUCCGACAAUCAAAACCCAUUUCCGAGAAGCCCGAUUUGAACCAGUUUCCGGAGCCGGAAAGCUCGGAUGAAGAUUGUUGAGUGAGGAUCACUGUUUGAUAGGCUUGUCCACAUAUUUUUCAUGUUUUACCAGCUCUCCCCCUGUUCUCCAAAAAGAGGAUGAGGAUGAUGAAAUACGGAAGAAAGAAUAUCAAAUCUUGGGUUGGGGUGGGGUGGAAAUUAAAUUGAAACGAACCCAAAGUGGUUCCCCUUUCCCCUUCUUAAUUUGCUAUAUCUUUGAUUAUAGCUUCCAAUUUGUAACAUGGGAGAUGGCAAAGCAAGCUUGUUGAUGGAUCCUUGCUCUGAUUUUUCUUUUUCUUUUUUUUUUUUCUUUUUGCAUUAUUAAUUUCUUGCGAUUGGUCUGAAUUAGUUUUAUUUUAACACCUUCCGGGAAAAUGGGUGUUUGAACGAAAGGGAUGAAAAAGGAAGAAGAGGAAGAAAAAAGAAGGGGAAUGAAGAAGAAGAAGAAGAAGAAGAAGAAGAAGAAGAAGAAGAAGAAGUAGAAGAUAAGGAUGAGUUUUUGUUUGGGUGGGCCGCCGUGUGGAGUCCACGAAUCGAAGGAUAAUGUCGCCGUCGCCGUCGUCAUGUUGGAUACUUGACUUCCCAAACGGAAACGGAAACGGAAACCAGAAUUGUAAGUUACUUCUAGAAGGUCGGUGGUAAUAUUUUUAUUUAUUUAUCAUCCUAUACUUUAUAUUGGCAAAGACGAUAGGCUGACAAGACAACAGACACUUUUCACAAAUUUUAUUGGGAGUUUUCCAAGAUAAUAAAUCCGACCGACCACUUGGCACUUA